AUGCUAAAAUAUCUUCCUCCGUCUGGGAUUCGUGAAAUGACAAAGAUCAUCCGUUCAAUAUGGAUAAACGAAAGGAUACCUGAUUCGUGGAGGCACGCUUUCAUAAUUCCCCUCCACGAGAAGUUAUCCGUCACGGACCCAAGGAAUUAUCGAGGAAUCUCUUUGUUGCGUGUUAUGAACAAGGUAUUGGAGCGCAUUAUCCUGGACCGACUCAUUAAACAUCGCGAAGAAACAACGCGCAACGAGCAAGCUGGCUUUCGUCCUGGCCGAUCUACGACUGACCAGGUGUUCAUCGUCAGGAGAGUGAUCGAAAUCUGGCAGCGGUAUUCGAAGCCAAUGCAACUAGCGUUUCUGGACUUUGAAGCCGCGUUCGACUCUCCUCACCAAGGCCGUCUUCUCAACGCGCUACGCGCCGAUGGAGUACCAGGAAAGUUCGUUCGCGUGCUUGAUGACAUGAAUCAACGAACAAUUGCUGCAGUUCGAACACCAGCCGGAUGUACAACACCGUUUGAAGUGGUAACUGGAGUAAGACAAGGGGCGGUGGCAGGACCUUUUCUGUUCAAUUUCGCAAUCGACGAAAUUAUGCGAAGAACAGUCGACCAGUAUCCUGCCGACAUUGUCUUAGCACCAUCAGGGUGCCCCUUGACUGACCUCGAGUACGCCGACGAUGUUGUUAUAUUCGCGGAAAGCAGGAAGAAACUUCAACAUGUUGUCAACCUUGUAUCGAAGCUGGCUGCAGCCUACGGACUACGCCUAAGCCCUGAUAAAUGCAAGCAGAUGUGGAUCUCUUCGAGACCUCGAACGGGAAUCAGGGUGGACGAACAACCGAUAGAACUCGUCGAUGAGUUCUGUUACCUGGGCUGUAUGCUGAAGAACAGCGGCAGCUACGAGAGAGAUGUUCAGUAA